AUGGAUACACUACAUCGUGUCUCCGAGUAUCUGUUCGGUCCUACGAUUCCUCACAGGGAACCGUGUGGUCGAAAAGUGCAGAUCAUGUCAGACCUUCAUCUUGAGCUCAAUCGUCAAUACGCAACUUUCGACUUUCCCGUGAAAGCACCUUUUCUCAUUCUGGGAGGCGAUAUCGGCCGGAUGGUGGACUAUGACAUGUUUCUCCCUUUCCUCGCUCGCCAAACAGCCCGUUUCGAGAAGGUCUUUCUAGUUCUCGGUAAUCAUGAGUUCUAUGAGAUGACCUAUGAAGAAGGCAUAACGAAAGCCAGAGAGUUGGAGAAAGAAGAGGCUCUGGAGGGAAAGCUCGUGCUUCUAGAUCGUAAUCGCUGGGACGAUCUUGAUUCAGAACUCACUAUCGUUGGCGCAACAUUAUGGUCCAAGAUCCCUCCCUCUGCAGCCGAAAUGGUCACUCUCCGUGUCUCGGACUACAAGAAGAUCUCGGGCUGGACCGUUGCCAAGCACAACGAAUGCCACGCCCGCGAUCUCGCGUAUCUCAGCGAAACUUUAACAGCCCUGAACGACACCGAAUCCCAGCGAACAGUUUUAGUAGUAACGCACCACGCACCCUGCAUUGCCGGUUCUUCCAAACCCGAACAUGCGAAUGCGCCAUUCAAGAGUGCGUUUUCGACAGAUGUUAUCCAGGCGCGAGAAUUUGUUACGGGUGUUGCAGUGUGGAUGUUUGGGCAUACACAUUUCACGACAGAGUUUAAGAAGGGGGGUGUCAGGGUUGUUGCAAAUCAGAGGGGGACGACAGCCAAGGCUCCUGUCUCGUCGCUGACCGCCUACCUCGCCGGCCUCUCGCUCCAGACCCGAAAUGCGUCCAUCCUCGGUAGCCUCGCCAACAACCCAGGCGCCAUUCACCAGAAGAAGCGAGUUGGUCGUGGUCCUUCGUCCGGACAUGGAAAGACGUCUGGUCGUGGUCACAAGGGUCAGGGGCAGCAUGGAAAGGUCAAGCCGUGGUUCCAGGGUGGUCAGACACCUUUGAUCGUCAAGCACGGUCGAAAGGGUUUCAGCAACUUCCGGGCUCCUCAGAUGUCGGAAGUCAACAUCGACCAAAUCCAGGCUUGGAUCGAUCAAGGACGACUCGACCCCACGAAACAGAUUACUCCCAAGGAAUUGAUUGAGUGCGGCAUCAUUGGAACACUCAAGGACGGUGUUAAGAUUCUGUCUCGUGGUGCAGACACUCUCAAGCAGCCUAUCGACGUCAUGGUCUCCCGUAUCUCUGCCUCAGCGAUUGCCGCUAUUGAAGACGCCGGCGGCAAGGUCCUUACCCGAUACUACACCAAGCUCGCCAUCAAAAGACUUUUGACUGGCGAGUCCGUCAACACAGAUAAGCCUCUGCCUCAAGGUGCCGAGCAUGUCGAUACUGUGCUGGCCACAGCCCGCGCGGCCCCCUUCCGAUACCGGUUACCCGACCCUACCAGCCGUGAGGAUAUCGAAUACUACCGUGAUCCCGCCCACCGAGGAUACCUGAGCCACCAGCUUGCGCCAGGAGAGUCGCCCAGUUUGUACUUCAAGGUGCCUGGUGUGCACAAGAUUAAGAGCGCGGUUAAGAAGGAGAAGGCAGCCACCGAGGAGACUCUCUUCUAA